AUACAAAACAUUUAUUACUGGACUUGACCAUAAUGAUUUAGAAUAGGGGUCACACUUUCUGACAGCGGGCAUCAGAAUAUGUGACCCUAUUCCAUCUUCAUUUAAAAUUGUGUGAAACCAAUUAAAUCUUUUCAAAUCUUUUCAAAUCAGUUUACUCAGCAUUCCUUCACUUAGUCCUUUCAAUCUGUUUCUUAGGCAUUAAAAUAAUAAUAAUAAUAAUAAUAAUAAUAAUAAUAAUAAUAAUAAUAAUAAUAAUAAUAAUAAUAAUAAUAAUUUUUAAGUGUGUGAGAACACUAAUAUUUAAGAAGAAAAUGUGUAAUAUAUUGAUUGUUUACACUUGCAGUGCAUGGACAUUAAACGUAGGGUUGGGGGAGGGGCUGUUUUCCCCCAUCAUGCUCUGUAACUGAUGUUUUUUUUUAGUUGUGGUCAAGUUAGCUAGUUUCGGAUUACGGUAUACGGUACAUGGAUUGAUUUUAUUAUGGACUCCAAAACUGCCAAAGAAAUCAGAGAAUUUCUUCUCACUGGCAAAUACCCUGAUGUUUUUGAUAAGCAUCAGAGGUACAUACUGAGACGGAGGGCAUCCAAUUUCUGCAUCACUGACAACGAACUGUACUACAUAAGACACAGGGGAACCGAAAAAGAGUGCAAGGUGAAGGUGGUGUGUAGUGCGGCAGAGGCUGAUGCUCUCUUUGUCGAGUUUCACAGUAGUGGAAUCGGAGCUCACUGUGGGCAAAUAAAGACAAGGGAUGCAAUCUCUCAAAGAUUCUACUGGCCUGGCAUGUCUGGGGAUAUUGAGAAAUGGGUGUCACAGUGCACAGUUUGCCAGAAAAACAAGAGAGAUAUAAAGGCCAGCACGGAAUACAAGCCGAUCAAGACCAAAGUUCCAUUUGAAUUGGUGGGAAUGGAUCUCAUCGGCAAGCUUGUGAAGACAGAGCAAAACCACCAGUACAUAUGUGUCAUAAUUGACUAUUGUACUAGGUGGACUCAGGCAUAUGCACUAAAAUCAAAGUCUGCAGAAGAGGUCACACAGAGCAUUUUGAAAUUUGUCUACCAAUUUGAAGUGCCAAAACGGAUUCUGACUGACCAAGGUAGAGAAUUUGUCAAUGCUAUUAACUCACAAGUGUGUGAAGUACUUGGCAUUAGAAGAAGUCUCUGUGCCCCAUAUCAUCCUCAAACUAAUGGGUUGGUGGAGAGACUGAACGGAACUAUACAAAGAGCUCUUGGCAAGAUGGUGGAUGAGAAACCUAACAACUGGGAUCUGUACCUGGAUGCAGUAAUGUUUGGACUGCGCACAAAAAAGCAGUUAACCACACGGUUCUCCCCAUUCUUUUUGAUGUUCGGGAGAGAAGCACGUUAUCCUGCUGAGGUGCCAGAGGACUAUCAGGUUGAUGCUACUGUUGAGAAUGUGCUUUCUGAAGAAUUGGUGGCAAUUGACAUUGAGAGGCAUGACAGAAUCCUGAACAUUGUCCAGGAGAAUGUGGAAGGAGUUCAGGAGAGAACAAGAAAAAGGCUGCAGUCAAAACUCCCUCAGCAAAAUCUUCAGGUGGGGGAUGUAGUUCUGAGAAAGAAUAUCCGCAGCCAGCAACGAAAAGGAGGAAAGCUUGACCCAGAAUUCCUCGGCCCCUUUACUAUCACCAAAGUAGCAGGAAAAAGCAUUGACCUUGUUGACUCCAAUGGAAAAGCCAUCCACAAGGUUAACAUUGAUCAUUUAAAACUGUACAAUGAACAGACCCCGAGGAUACCACAAAAGUUAAAAGGGCAUCAUGAUGUAUUCAGUAUCGCUCCUCCCUCAGUCACCUCCUCUCCACCAGCCACUGUCAUCUCCUCUCCACCAGCCACUGUCAUCUCCUCUCCACCAGCCACUGUCAUCUCCUCUCCACCAGCCACUGUCAUCUCCUCUCCACCAGCCACUGUCAUCUCCUCUCCACCAGCCACUGUCAUCUCCUCUCCACCAGCCACUGCCAACCUCCACCCUUCUGUCAUCUCUUCUCCAUUAUCCACUGUUCAACCUGCUGUUCAACCUGCUGUUACCACCUCCCCACCUACUUCCACCUCUUCUCUACCAGUUCCAGUCACAUCCUCUCCACCUCCUGUCAUCUCCUCUCCACCUUCUGGAACCAUCUUUGCUCAAACAUCUGUCUCCUCCUUAGAAAAAUGUGUGAAAGAGGCUUGGGAAGGAAAAAAUGUUCAUGUCCUUCUGUCAAAAAUUGGACCAUACAAAUUGUUUUAUUGGGACAUCGCCAACCUAGCACCCAAUCAACAGGUUGAAAGUGAGGUGAUCAAUGCUUAUCUGAAGCAUAUUGUUCACAAGAAAAAUCAAGAACAUGGAGGCAAACAGGCACUAUACAUUGAUUCUUUUGAAAUGACUGGUAUGUGGCAGGGGAAGAACACAAAACUGAAGUGUGACCCCAAUAACUUUCAAGUGAUUCUGGGAGCUGUAAACGAGCCAAACCACUGGAUACUGACAGCAUUUUUUCCACAACAAAAAAGGAGUUUGGUGCUUGAUUCUCUUGGAAACGCCUCCACAAAAUUAGUCACAUGUGAAAGGACAGCAAGAGCAUUCAUGAGAAAGCGAGGGUGUGAGGUGUCCACAUGGACAACAGAAACGGUUCCUCAUGCAUUACAGACAGAUGCUAUGUCAUGUGGAGUGUUUGUGCUGAAAUACGCUGAGAAUAUUCUGGCAGAGGAGCCACUGACAUUUACUAAUUCAAAAUCAGCUGUUCAGACUUACAGAUGGGAGGUGGCAAUGACUUUGCUCAAGGAGACAGGUAAAAUUCUUGUGUUGACCAAUAAUUCUAUUUUUGAUAAAGUAAGUAUGUGUAAUGAAAAUCUGAUCAUCACAAUCUGCAAUUACUAUUGUAUUUUAAUCAGAUAA